GGGAACAAUCCAGCAUGUUUUUACUGCAGCAGCGGCGGUUCCGAUCCGCUGAACAUGUCCAAAAGCGGCAUCCUGAGAGGAAUCAUCACCGAGAAGCUGAGCACAGCCGCCCGGGAGAUCUUAGCGGUGGUGGAGAGGACCGUAGCCGACUACGAGGAGGAGGCUUCGGGCUUCAGGCGGGAGAUCGAGCGGCAGAGGAGGCAGCUGGAGCUCCUGCAGCCUCGGGUCAAGCUGCCCAGAACAGAACUAGAGCUGCUCCCAGAUCUGCAGAGCCACGAGGAGGUGGUGGUUGGUGAGGAGCAAGAGGAGCAGCAGCUCACACAGAGCACAGGUGUGGAGGCAGCUGAGAGUCACAGUCCACCUGGGAAACACUCUGAGGAAGAGGAGGAGGAUUAUGUUGAGGGGGAAGACGAGAUUGAGGAAGAUGGUGGUGGUGAUGAUGAGGUGGAACAAGAGGAUGAUCAUUAUGAUGAAGAUGAACAGGAGGAUGAAGAAUCAGUAAUAAAAAACAAGAUGAUCAAGGAAGACCUGAAGGACCCAGAUUUUGAAAUACCACCAAGGUCAGUUCAGUCUGGAAGUAAAAGGCGCAGCUUAACUCCAAAAAUUAACACAAACGAGCCCCUAAAUCUCAGGAUCCGGAUACUGGAGGACUCUGAGACCACCGUGCUCUCAAAUACUGUGUUUCAGAAGAGUCCGAUCUGGGACCUGGGGUGUCCUCAUGGUCUAGAGGAAGCGGCCUUCCUGGACCUGCUAAGGUCCACCUUCCCUCAGCUGGCUGCUGGGGAACCUUUUGAUACCUUCAUCACAGAUAAGAGCAGGAAGCUGCAGCCUCUGAAUGUGAAAGCUCUGACUCCAGAGGAGAUCUACACUGCUAUCAAAUCCAUUGGAAACUCUGCUCUGUACAUCCGCCCCAAGAAACGAGAAAUAAAGACCCAGGAAAAGGAAGAACAUAUGGUCACUGACUCUCCCGCUACUGACCCUGUGAUCAUGAACGAUGAAACCAGGCUCCACAUAAGCUUGGUUCAAAGUGGGCAAUGUUCUGGAAGAAGUGAUGUGUCCGUCGAGUCAAAAUCCCAACAGGACAACCUGAAAGAUGUGAAUGAAAAAGUCGAGAGCAGCACUGACUCCACCAGUACCAGACCCCAGACAUCAGAGGGAGACGAGGACCAGAACCCUGAUUCCAAACCGCAGACAUGCACGAGAACAGAAAAAGGCCAGGAUAAAAAGGGCAGGAGGAGAACUGGGGAGACUAAGAUGUCUUGUAAAGUGUGUGGAGUCUGGUACCGGAACUAUGGCAGCCUGAUGAACCACGCCUUGAGUCACAUAAACGACCUGCACAGUGUUUGUGGAGUUUGCGGGGAGAAGUUUGAGUCUGAGGAGGACUUAAAGGAACAUCUCAAAAGUCAUCAAAACAUUCACAACUGUUCACAUUGUGGGAAGUCUUUUGCCUCCAUCAUCAGGUUCAACAGUCACGUUGCUAAGCACACAGGAGAGGGUCUGUUUGAAUGUGACAUCUGCAAUAAAACCUUCUCAAACAAAAGUGCCUUGAACUAUCACCGUUGGGUUCACGUGGAGAAUAAACCACACAAGUGUGAUAUUUGUCAGCAAACCUUUGGUCUGCAGUCACUUCUCCAAACUCACAAGAAGCAGCAUGUGAGAAAAGAUGUAUACAAAUGCAAAAUCUGCAACAAGUCUCUGACCACUCGCCGAGCUGUUACCCGACAUGCUUUUACCCACUCAGAGGAACGUCGCUAUGGCUGUGAAACAUGCGGGAAACGCUUUAAAUCGGAUUUUGGACUGAAAUCGCACAAGAAGACUCACACGGUGAGAGAGCGGCCGUUCCUCUGCCACAUCUGCUGCAAAACGUUUCCCUCUAAAACAGCUCUGAUGAACCACAUAAAAGUUCACAGCAGUGAGAAGCCGUAUGUUUGUACCGUUUGCGGCAAAAACUUUAAGUACCACACAAGCCUAUCCAUACACAUGAGGGUGCACACAGGGGAAACUCCCUUUGAAUGCUGCGAGUGUGGACGCCGUUUCAAACACAAGAGUCACCUUAAACAGCACAUGAAGACUCAUUCUGGCAUCAAAGACUUUAUAUGUGGCAUUUGUGGGAAAGGAUGUGGUAAACUGGAACAUCUAAAAAUUCACAUGAGAACCCACACUGGAGAGAGACCCUACCAGUGCUCACUCUGUGAUAAAGCCUUCACCCAGAGCCACUGCCUGAAAACACACAUGAAGACUCACCAGGACCAAAAAAUCGCGUCCCUCACUCCGUCAGAGCCUGGAAUGAUUUGAUCAAUCUGAAAACAAAGGACUUCACUAAUUUGGCAGGAUAAGUGGCGCACAAAAUCUCAGCAACCGUUAGCAGCAACUUAUUCUUCUGUAAUGCAUACAACCUCACUUUGAUCCAUUUUAAAUUAAUCAGAUACAUUAGCACAAACCAACACACCAGAGAGCCA